CACCUUUAAAAUUUAUAUUUUUUUUCCUCCCAAUUUCACUGCGUUGCUAUCCAUCAGUUAUCGCAGCUCUUCAUCAUUUUCCCUCGCAUUCUUCGUCUCCUGCUUCUCCUCCUCCUCUGACUAUUACUGCUCAGUAGCCAAACAUCACCACUGCUCCCAAUCUCCCACCCUCCUCCCACGCCGACCUCCUAUUCUUCUGCGACCGACUUCACGUCCCGCAGGAGAACUCGGCUUCUCCCCUCCCCUCCCCCCUCUCCCUCUACCUGGCCUUCAAUGAAGCCACGGUAGUAAUCGUGGCAGCUCUAGAGAUAGUGAGAGGAUCUCUAGAAGCCAAGUUCCCCCCCAACUCGUCGCGCGUAGCCUUACCGGUCCAUCCAGCCUAGCUGCUGCAGCAUUCGAGCCUUUUCCGCCCGGCCCGCCAUUCGAUUCGUCAUCUAAAUCAUGCUAGUGACCAAGAAUGCCGCAGAGCUAUGCGUUCUGCUAAUUAACGAGCUCUACGGACAGCUCCCGUCCCGCAUAUUCGCAGACCUCCUCUCCAGAGGCAGGUCAACCGUCGCGCAACUAGCGCAGCACACCUCCCUGAAUCAACGCCAGGUGCGCCACGGCAUCGUGGUGCUUAUCCAGCUGAACCUCGUCUUCCAUUACACCGACGCGGACUCGGGCGUCACUCACUAUGAGGCCAAUCCUCGCGCUGCCUACAACCUCGCCCGCACGGGCAAGAUUCUCGAUAUGGUUCGCAGCAAAUACGGACAGCACGCGCACGCACUCGUGCACGAGGUCCUCCUCAACGGCCACAUGAGAAUUUCGGAGCUGGUUGAAGCGUGGGAGGCUAACCGCGCUGCCUCGAAGGAAGCCCCCAACGGCAGCUCUCACAACAGCCACAGCCACGUCACCGGGAAUGGUCUCACCAACGGCGCGAAAGGUGUAGAGGCGGACGAUCGGAACGUCGAUCCGAGUGACCUUCCCUGGGACACCCUCGCGCAGCUUCUGGCCGCCGGUAUCCUCGAGCCUCUUUCGCCGACAAUGUAUCAGCCGUCGCAGGACCUACGCAGCGCCAUCGAGCAGGAAGUCAUGGCCGACUACCCGAUUGGCAUUCGAGGGUCCAGGCAGAAGGACGAAUUCGACAAGAAAGUUCUAGAGCAGCUGAGAGCCAUCCAGAGCGCAAGCACAAAGCUGAAGAGGAAACUAGAAGGCUAUUUCGGGGCCGGACCCAGUUCCAAGCGCCGGAGGCUGGCAAAUGGCUCCACGUCGCGCGGAUUCGGCGGCGCCGAAGCGAGGUUUCUCUUGCAAGAAGAACUCGACACCGCCGUCCGGGUAAACUACGACAAGUGCACAGUCGAGCUUCGCAACCUGAAACUCGAACGAUAUGCCGAAGACGCGAUCGGCGAGACCACGGCGCAGGUUUAUGCGACGCUACUCGCCGUGCUCGGUACUAAGAUCUCUCGUUGUCAGGGUGACGACCCCGUCGAGGCCGACGACGAGCACGGCGACCUGCACGGGGGGCCUCGCGUCACAACGCAGGAGGUGUUUGAGCAGCUGAGUUCCUCGAUCGACGUCUCGUCCGGGAUCGGGAUGCCGAGCCGCGGGGAUGUUGUCGACUUUCGACUUGCGGAGAGGAUUCACAAAUACCCCCCGCGGCUUCAGGGUUCGACAUUGAAGGAUACCUUGGAGGAGGGGGAAGAGAUUGUGGGAUCCGACGACGAAGACUACGACUACAGCGGGCAGGGCGCUUUCAACUCGGGACUACACGGGUCAUCCGACGUCAUGCCCGGCCCAAAUGGGUCGGGCGAGGUCAAGACGAAGGCGAAGGACGGUGUCCCGACGGGCAUGCAGCGGUUGCACCAGAUGCGGCAGCAUUUACUUGUGCUUGCCGAGAGUCGGCAGGGCUUUGUGCGCCACUGCGGCAGCCGGGACUUUGGCGAGUGGACGGUCGAUUUCGAGCCGCUGAUACAAUAUCUCAAGCAUACCGAGCUCGACACGCUGAUCGAGAACCGAUUUGGCCGGCAGGGUCUGCGGCUCACCCGGAUACUGAGGGAGAAGGGCAAGAUCGACGACAAGACGCUGCCGACGAUGGCUCUCAUGAAGAAGCCGGACGUGCACGUCAAGAUGGCGGAGAUGGAGAUGGCCGGUUUCCUGGACGUGCAGGAAGUGCCUCGGGACAACAACCGGGCGGCGUCCCGAACGAUCUUCUUCUGGUUCUUCGACCUGGAGCGGACGCUGCAGCGGACGCUGGACAACACGUACAAGUCGAUGGUGCGGUGCCUGCAGCGGCUGGACGUGGAGCGGGCCAAGAAGAAGAACGUGCUGGCGGUGGCGGAACGCAAGGACGUGCAGGGGAUGGAGGAGGAGAAGCUGCGGGGGGACGUGUACAAGGAAUACGUCGAGUUUCUCGAGUUGGAAAAGAGGUUGGUGGGGCAAGUAGGGAGACUGGAUGACCUGGUGGCGGUCUUGCGGGACUACUAAUCAUCAUCACUACCUACGUUUAGGAGGAGGCAGAGGAGGAGGAGAUGCUGGGUGUAAUUGGCAAGGUUGGCAUUGCAUGGGCGGCGUUGGUUUGCGGACAUGUACAAUUCCAGCUGGAGGGCACCUAAAAGUUGCAUGGCACAGGCAUAUAUAUAUAGGACGGCGUCAAGUCUGGUAUUUAUUUGGGGCCGUCUCUAUGUUGGAUGUGGUUCUUUAUAGAAGAUAGGCUCUUCUUGGUAGCGACACAUACUGAGAAUGUGUGGUGGUGUUAAUGUGAAAUUACCUACCUACCUUUUAUCAAGUA